AUGGACAAAAGGGUUUGCUUCAUCGCGUUCCUUAUCUCUGCAAUUUAUGACUCAUCAACGUCAACAAACAUUGAAUGUGACUUUAGUCUUACUGAUGCUUACGGCAAAGUAGGAACAAUUCAUUUGUGCAUCGUCAAUAACAAUCCCAACAUUUUGACACGGGAAUCAGCAUGGAUUGACUCAAUAAAUGGAACUUUGGCAGCAGAAGAUGAAAUGACUGGAUUUCGUGCUGUUGAUAAGACAAUUAAAUAUUUUCCAAAGAAUUUGCCCGAAAAAAUAAAAAUGUUUUGGAUCCAAAGCUGCCAACUGCUGGAAAUUCAUCAAGCAGACCUCAAACCGUACCCAAAUCUGGUCUUUUUCAGGCUGUAUAAAAAUUCGAUUGAAGUCAUUGAAGAAGGAUUGUUUGACUUUAAUCCAAAUUUAGUAGCUGUUGGGCUUCAUGAAAGCAACAUCAUCCACAUUGAUGCUGGCGUGUUUGAUAGGUUGAAUAAAAUGGACAAUCUUUGGCUUAUUUAUGCUCCAUGCGUCAACCAAGAUGUCGUCAAUUCUAGAGAACGAGUUGAGUUGCUCAUUAAAUUAGUCAAAAAUCAAUGCACAAGUUCCGAUUUUUCAUCAAUGGAGAAGAAAAUCCUCAACUUAGAGGAUCAGACAAGAAGUUUGGAAAUCGGGACUUUUGACAGAAAUGUUGAGGAAUUUGAGCAAGAAUUCAAAAUUUCAAAAUUCCACAAAUUUCGUCCGUUAAACUACAAAUUUGAGAAGGUCGCUGGCUGCUCGAUUUGUCAUCAAGGAAGAAGAAUUGUUGAAUUGGACGAAAAGAUUCAGAGUUUGCGGGAUAGGAUGAAGGUUUUGGGGGUUUAUGGCUUGAGGAAGAACCUUGAAGAUUCACAAUGUGGAUUGAAAGACUUCAAAACUGAUCAGCAAGCUACAAAAAAUAAGUUAGAAGAGAUUAAAGGCUUACAAAUCGAGCAAAGCACUGCAAUUAAGUCUUCAAUCGCUAAAAGUGACUCCAAACUUGAUAAACUCCAAAGCUCAUUAGAUCAACUCAGCAUAUCGCAAAGCAGCACUGCUAACAGCAUCACUGACUUAAAUUCAUCAAUUCUACACCUCAAAUCAACCCAAGAAUCCAUCAAGUUAAUCCUCAACUCCCUCAAAUCAUCACAAGACACCACACAAAGUUCAAUCAGUGACAUCGUGGCUUCAGUCAGUGAUCUUAAAAAGAACCAAGUCGAAUUUAAACAAACUUUGGUGAAAAUUAAGAAUUUACAAAAUGACGCAAAAGUUGCAUUGAAUGACUUGAGUUUUAAGGAUGCUGGGUCAGCUGUGGAUGAGAAAAUGGAGAAAUUUGAGGCUAGGAUUGAGGAACAUUUGAUGAAUUUUGAGGAUAGAACUGCUGAGAAGAUUGCAAAGGAACUAGCAAGUAUGAGACACAAGAUGUCAAUGAAUUUAGAUGAAAAAGUUAAGGAUAUUGAGAAGCGACUUGCUAAAAAGUUUGAAGAGGUUCUGGAGAAAAAGUUGGUGAAAAUUGUUGAGCAAAAGAUAAGAAAUGAUUGA